AUGCCGCGCGUCUCGCUGCCGCAGGUUAUGUGGCACAGCAAGGACGACAAGCAUUCAGACCGCGUCUACUCCGUCGACUUGCAGCCUUUCCUCUCGCUUCAGGCUCUGUCCCGACAUCCUUCCUUCCUCACGCGCGCCUCCUCCCUCGCUUCGCCCGCAGGCGAGGAGCCUGCUGGGAAACCCAGUGCUGUCUCCGCGUCUCCACAGGUUACCUGUCCCGCGCCUGUCUCCCCCGAGAAAGAGAGGGCGCCCGAUCGCGAGAGAGACGAGAGAGAGCGAGGCAUCGCCCAACGUUCGCGGCGAGAGGAACGCGCUCGUGAGAAACGCGCAGCGACGCUCGCAGCUUUCAGCCGCCUCGCAACUGCCGGAGCCGACGAAUUCGUUCAUCUCUGGAAGUGGACAUUCGACCAGGCGCCUUCGGCCCCGCAGCGGCGCGGCGUGCAGGUGACCUGCGUCGCCCGACUCCUCGGCCACGAGCGAGAAGUGAACUGCGUGCGCUGGUCUCCAUGCGGCGUCUUCCUCGCUUCCGGUGGCUACGACCACGCCACAUGCAUUUGGGAGCUCGGGCAGAAGCCGGAGACAGUCCCUCUCGGCUACGACUCCUCCAUGCUCGAGUACGACGAGUGGUGGAGCCGAGUCUCUCUCUACAGGUGCAUAGAGGCGGUGAAUUCGCUUGCGUGGGCGCCGUCGGGGAGGCAGCUGGCGAUUGGAACUGAGGACGGUCGUUUGAUUGUCGUUGACGUUGUGAAUGGCGUCCUGGGGAGCAAGUCCGCCCGUGUCCUCGAAGGCCACGCGAAUAUGGUGCAAGGCGUCGCCUGGGAUCCACUCGACACUUACGUCGUCUCCCAGUCCUCAGAUCAGACGGUUCGGCUGUGGGGUCGGCGAGGCGGCAGCGCGCCAUCCCUCGCCGCUGGAUCUUCCUCCGGCGCGGCGGCGUCGCCUGCGGCAGGCUCCGGCCAAGGCGCGUCUGCGGGCGCGGCGGCGCCCAGCGCCUCCUCGGCGUCGGGAGGCCUCAAGUCCCAGUGGAAAAUCGAGGCCGUGCUGCGGAACGCGCGAGACAGAGACUUGCGAGAAAGAGACGGAACGAACGCGGCGAAAGAGGAGGAAGAAGAAGACCCUGAGGCGAUUUUGAACAGCCUGAACGCGGCUGCGGACGCGUCUCCGCCGUCUUCUCUCUCGUCUUCUCUCUCGUCGCCACUCGCCUCGGCCGCGCCCUCCAGCGCUCCACCGGCGGGCGCCUCUCCUUCUGCGUCGUCCGCUGCCGCCGCUCUGGGGCCCGCUGCGUCGGGCGAACGCCAGAGGCAGCAGGGGCGCUCGCUGUUCUAUCCAGAGUCGCUGAUUCGCUCGUUCUUUCGAAGGCCGGACUGGUCGCCCGACGGCUCCAUCCUGGUCACGCCUGCGGGGCUCCAGUACCUCGUGGACGCGUCUACGGAUUCGUCCUCUUCGGCGGAGGCGUGCAGCACGACCUACGUGUUCCACAGGAAGUUGCUGACGCACGGGACGCCGUUCCUCACGCAUCGCUCCACAGCUGGCCCGUCGCUCGCCGUUCGCUUCAAUCCAGUGGCUUUCCGGCCUCUCGCGUUCUCGCAGGCGCGGCGAGCGCGGGCCGCCGAGGGCGGCGUGGACGCGACAGAGGAAAGCGCAUGCAAGGCGCUGCCUGCGGAGAUGCGCGCGACCAAGUCUUGGCUCUUCUCGCCGACUCUGGACGCCGCACAGAAGCUCUCGGUCCUCUCGCCUGGCGCGGGCGCCGAGAGCAACGCGGAGCGGUGCAAAAAACGGCGUGCGGAGGGCCUCGCGCGCGAGCGAGAAAGCAAGAGCAUGCGAGACGAGGAAGACGAAGGCGGGGAGACACACGACAGACAGGACAAACCCGAGACAGACGCAGCCCAAGGCGACGCGAAACCCGACGGCGCCGCGCCCUCGCCGAAAAGUGGAGCCAGCGGGCGCUGCAGCGAAGUCGCGCCUGGCGCUGGGUCGUGUCCCGGCGCGUCCCCUGAGGCCGUGUUUCCGCGUUUCGUCUACGCUGUAUGUACACUCCACGGCAGCAUAUUGGUCUACGACACGCAGUUCAUGGCCGCGCCGCUCGCGCAGCUCCACGGCCUCCACCUCGCCCCGAUGACGGACGCCACCUGGAGCAGCGACGGCCGAGUCUUGGUCGCCAGCAGCAGCGACGGGUACCUCACCUUUGUGUGCUUCGAGGAAGACGAACUUGGAAAACCUCUGAGGCCUGCAGGCUUCUUCUACCACAACCUCUGGAACUCGAACCCGCGCACUUCCCUCUCGCCGGCGUCUCUCUCUUCUGGCGUUGCUUCGGUCUCGGCGGGGUUCUGUGGACGCGAGGAGGGCGAUGCCGCGACCGGGAGCCCCGGCCCUCGCCCCUCGUCGAGUUUCGCGGACUCGGCGAGCGCGGCCUGCGCGAAGGGUAGCUCUGCGGGACCGGAAGCGCAAACGUUGGGCUCACCCGCGCCUCGGCGUCUGGGCAUCGUAGGAAACGCCAGCGGAAAGAAGCUGGUGGUGGGCAACGCCGCCUCCGCGUUGCUGGCGCAGAAGAAAGAAGAAAGGGGGGGGUGA